CCUUUCAGCUCAUAAACACACGUCUCCUCCUACCACAGAGAGGCUUUAAGAUCACUUGUUUUCCAGCCUUCUUCCUCAUUUCCCCGCUUUUAGUCUGAACGAAGUCAGAAUGUUUUUCACGUUGUUUUCAGCAACCACCUGGACUUUGCUGGCCCUGCUUUUUACCCUGAUAUUACUGUACGGGAUAUGGCCAUAUCGGUUCUUCAAAAAGCUGGGGAUACCUGGACCGAGGCCCCUUCCUUUUAUUGGAACACUGCUGGGCAUGAGGAGGGGAUUUCUUCCUUUUGACCAAGAGUGCCAGGCCAAGUAUGGGGAUGUCUGGGGGUUGUACGAAGGAAGAACACCGAUAUUAAUGGUGGCUGACCCUGAAAUUAUUAAAACUGUGACGGUGAAGGAGUGCUAUUCUGUGUUUACCAACCGCAGGGAUACUGGUGUUUUCAGUGGACCCCUGGAUGAUGCUGUUACAGUAGUCAAAGAUGAAAGGUGGAAACGAAUUCGCAACACCCUGUCUCCAUGUUUCACCAGUGGAAGACUGAAACAGGUUUAUCCCCUGGUUGCUCGCUAUGCAGAACGACUUGUUGCUAAACUUGCAGAAACAAAUUUGGAUGAACCCAUCACUGUCAAACAGUUUGUGGCUCCUUACAGUUUAGACACGGUGACCAGUACUUCUUUCAGCGUGGAGACAGACUCCAUAAACAAUCCAAACGACCCUGUUAAUGUUCAAAUCCAGAAGCUCUUUAAACUUAAAAUUUGGAUUUUCUUUUUUCUAAUGGCAUUUCCCUUCGGUCGUCGUCUGCUAGAGCUCCUCAAACUUGAAGUCAUACCCAAAGACAGCAUUGACUUUUUCUACAACAUCAUCAAGAGAUUUAAAGACCAGCAUCAUGAUGACAAAUCUGCCCAAGCAGACUUCCUGCAGGUGAUGCUUCAGAGUGAGAUCCCAGAAAAGACGUAUACAAAUGAUGAAGAGCAGCCAAGUAAAGGUUUGACUGAACAUGAGAUCCUUUCCCAGGCCUUCAUCUUCAUCUUUGCAGGCUAUGAGACCACCAGCACCACUCUAAGUUACAUCCUUUACAAUCUGGCCACAAACCCUGAUGCAUUGCAGACCUUACACAAAGAAAUUGAUGCUAACCUGAAGAAAGAUGGACCCAUUUCAUAUGAGGAGCUGACCGGUCUACAGUACCUGGACCAGGUUAUACUUGAAUCAAUGAGAUUGAUUCCCACCGGCCCUCGGCUCGACAGGGCAUGCAAAAAAACUGUGCAGGUGAAUGGCCUCACCAUCCCUGAGGGAACCGUGGUUGGGAUUCCUGUGUGGGUGUUACACAAAGACCCACGUUACUGGAACUCACCUGAGCUGUUCAGACCAGAGAGGUUCAGUAAAGACAGCGGGGAGGAGGUGAACCCGUACGUGUUCAUGCCGUUUGGGGUCGGCCCUCGUAACUGUGUUGGCAUGCGCUACGCCAUCCUCGUCAUGAAGAGUGUAAUCGUCCGUCUCUUGCAGAAGUACACUUUGGAAACAUGCAAAGAGACCAUGAUUCCACUUGAGUUUAACUGGAAGUUUCAGCCUGUUCAGCCUGUUAAACUCAAGUUUGUUCCCAGAGAACAGUAGGCUGAAGAGGGAACGUCUCCAACCCCUAUCAAACAUGUUAUUUUAUCACUUUGUUUUCAUGUGAGGCAACUGCUGCCAGGAUGAUAUUGAGUUUUUCUACUACUAAACUUUGUUAUGAAAUCAGUGCAGUGUAAACAUUUGAUUUUUUUUUUUUUUGCAUUGUUAAUAAAUCAAAUUAAUUUUAAUUACUUUUAUUGAAUUGUUUCAUCUGACUGUUUUGUGUUCAAAAAGUGCAUCAAACUUUAAUUUAGUCCUCUUUUUAUGGUUCUUGCUGAUUACAAUCUUGGAUUUGUGACUUCUAAAAAGUGCAAACAUCCAUAUCAUCUUGUGACACUUGUUUAAGGUUUGCUUUUCUUCCUUUUUCAAUCUUUUUCUUUUCUUUUUGUGUUAGUUUGAUAGAUUUUCAUGCCUUUUCGUGUGUGAGCUUUAUGAUUUAAUAAAUACACCUAAAAACCUA